UCUGAGUAGUGCCUGAGAUCGCUACAAUAUUAUGGCUUUAAAAAGUUCGGGAACAACGUGUGCCGUUCGCGGGUGUACUUACAACCGGACAAAACUAAACCAUUGGUUGAAAUCGGAGUGUUUUGACCACAAGCCAAAAAAGAAAAUAGAGUGUUCGUGCCCGAAAUGGUACAGCUUCCAUCAACUGCCGAAUGACGACGACGAGGCUAAAAGAAAUUGGCUGAAAAACCUAAACUUAAAACAUCCUCCGAAAUAUUGUUACGUCUGUUCUUUUCAUUUUGUGGACAAAACGCCAACUGAGGAAAACCCUUACCCAACGCUUUAUCUGGGUUAUGAGAAGCCACCUGAGAAGAAACGCCGAAGAGUCGUCAGGAUGAUCGUUGACAGUCAAGUCGCAACAGACCAAGCUGAUGUGAUGGUGUUCGAGCAACCUCAGACCUUCAAGGAUGCCCAAACCCAGUGGAUGGAUCCAGCUGUGGAGGACCAUACCUACUCUAAAGGAUCCAUCAUUAUAUAUAACAUGCCCAUCACACCUGCCCCUGAGAUCUCACUGUCCAUUGCAGAGGUUACACUGAAAGGUGAUAAAGACUGUCUGCUUUACACAGGGAUUCCUCUACUAGUGUUCAACACUCUUGUCUCCUGUGUACAAGGUUUUGCGCCCCAGUCAUCAACAAUGCCAGUUCAAGACCAAGUUUUGUUGACAAUCAUGAAGCUCAGACAGAACUUUGUUCUGGCUGACUUAGCGAGGCGCUUUAAAAGAUCAGCCAGUCAGGUCAGUAAAACAAUUAAGCAUUGGAUAGAUGUCCUUGCUGAGCACACCAAGGACCUCAUUCCAUGGCUGCCCCGUGACACAAUCAUAUCAACCAUGCCACAGGUUUUUCUGCAACAUUUCCCUGAUGUAACGUGUAUCAUUGACUGCACAGAGAGUGUUCUGCAAAAAGCCAAAAACUUAGACUCGCGCUCAGAGUCUUACAGCCAUUACUAUGCAAAGCCAUAUUUUGUGGCUGCGUUCCCAGGUGAAGGUGGGGUACAGGUGCUCAUUAAGGAAUUGUUGGGGGUCUGUGGAGUGUCGUUUGGGGACUCGUUUCACUGUGCUUGGCAGUAA